AUGGAAAACACAAAUAGCCAAGAGAGAAGCUCUGUCAACCCUGAUGCAGGGUCUGAGCCUGAUGUCAAGGAAGAUAACCCUGAAGACUGGGAGACUGAAGAGGAUACAGAUGAUGAAGAUGAUGAAGGAGAAGAUGAUGGAGAUGAUGAUGAUGAAGGAGAUGAUGAUGAUGAAGAUGAGAGUACAGAGGAGGACUCUGGGGAGGAGACUGAGGACUACGAGUUUGAAGAAGAAGAGGAGGAAGAAGAAGGAGAAACUUGUCCUAUCUGUCUAGAUAGACUGAGGGACCAGGAUCUAGGCACCCCCGAGUCCUGUGAUCACACAUUCUGUCUAGAAUGCAUACAAGAGUGGUCCAAGAAUGUUAAUACGUGCCCUGUGGAUAGGCAGGUUUUCCACCUGAUAUUUGCAAAGCAUCCUGGAGAAGAUGCAAUAUUUAAAAGGAUUACAGUGGCAGAUAAGCAACAAGAUGAUCCAGAAGAAGAGGAGGAUCCAAUAUUUUGUGAGGCAUGUGGUAGAAGUGAUAGAGAGGACAGGCUUCUUCUCUGCGAUGGUUGUGAUUUAGGGUACCACUGUGAGUGUUUGGAUCCACCCCUGGCUGAGGUUCCAGCAGGAGAGUGGUUCUGCCCUGACUGUGAAGCACUACAUGAAAGGGAGAGGGAAGGGGGAGCAGCAGAAGUAGUGAAUGAUGAUGAGGAGAUUUAUCACAUCAUUCAGGAGAACGGCAUCCUCCCUCACUCCCUCAGACCCAGGGUACACAGAAGACAGGUGGCCCGGACACGCAUGAGUGAACGCAUUUUUCAACACAUCCAGGAAAUCAGACGUAGCAGAUUUAACAGGAGAAUGAUUAUUUUAUCAGAUUCAGAAAGCUCCUCUGAGGCCGAAAAUACAGAGAAUGAAAGCAUUGAUGAAGAUGCCCCAUCUACAAGUACAGCAUCUGCACCUAGGAAAAAGCCAGCUAAAAAGCAAAAGAAAAGAGUGACAAAACGCAAAACCAAAACAAAGAGAAAAUCUACUGGCAAAGGAAAGAGUACAACAAAAAAGUCCAAAGGAAAACAACCAGCUAAGAGAAAAGUCAAAGGUAGAAAAAGGAAAACCCGCAGGACAAGGAAGUCCACUGGUAAAAAGAAAGGGACAAGUAGAAAGAAAUUAAUAAGAAGAGUGUUACCUGAGGCACCAGUUACCACUGUUAAGUCCAGAAUUGCUAAAAGCUUGGGACUUUCCAAACCCCCUACAGGUCGGACUAUACCCUUACAGAAACGCCCCAGAGAGAGGGCCGAAGAUUAUGGCCCUGCACCACUUCACAUACUAGGGGCACCAAAUGAUCUCAUUUAUUUUCAUGAUGAAAGUGAUGAUGAGCCCAGUACCUCAGGAUAUUCUUCAAACUCUGGGAAAAAAGCUAAAACAUCAUCAAAUGUCAACUUCUCAACAGAAGAAAUCAUGAGAAGAACCCCUGUGGUUAGGCUAACAGUGGAUUCAUCUCUCAGGUUCCGCCCUAAUGAGGAGUCUGCCUCAGUGUCCCCCUCCUUCAGCACUGCCAGCGCCCCCUGUGAUCUGUUAGGGAGUAUAUUUCAGAGUCAGCAAAUGCUCCAUAUGAAGACAGACAGGAUAAAAAUUCACAGAGAUGGCUCGCUGACUGCAUUGAAGUCGGACCCUGUGGAGGAAAAAACUAAGUCAUCAGGGAGUAAAGAGGACGGUGACCAGGCAUCUGUAAGUUCACCUACACCCCCUACAGAUCCAACGGAAGCUGGAGCAGGUAAUAGGUUUCUUCGUCUUCCAAUAUUUGCUGGAUCAUCUAACAUGGAGUUAGAUGACAAGGUUGAUAUACCUGAGGAGCCAGUGGAAAUCCCCUUGGAGGAGCAGGAGGAGGAGGAUGAUGGCCUGGGGGAUUCCCUAUGGACAAUUCAAAAACGUCAAGAAGUUACUGCUCAGGGGAAGACGGACAAAUCAGAUAAUUCUAAACUAAAAGUUACAAACACUUUAUCAGCUAGUGAUACGCCGAAGGUAAAGCUGGAUUUUCAAGAGCGUGAUUCUGUAAAAACAGGUGACAAAAGUUGUGAAGGAACUUCCUUUAGUAAAGGAAACGGUGAGACUAAGACACUUAAAGGGAAAUCUGAUGAUGGGAACUUUAAGUCAAGUAAGUCGGUUGUAAGUGGAAAAUCUAAGACCCCUGGGAAGGAAAAGAGCAGGAACUACCGAUCCAAACAGACCUUCUUAAACACGAGUAAAAGUGGUACUAGUGCUGAGUUAUAUUCUGAUAUAGAGGAUGAUAUAGAAUUACCAAAGUCUCUUUUAUCAUCUGAUAAAAAUUCCCAUAGAGACAGUGAUAAACAUACAAAGCACAGUGAAACAAAACAGAAAAAUAGAUCUAGUUCAAGUAAAAUACCUAAAUCUAAUUCUAGUGACUUAUUUGAUGAUAGAACACAGGACAGUUUAAGUGGGAAUAUAGAGGAAGUGGAGGAUUUUAAGUUAGAAAAAUCUCCCAAACCUGGGGACUUCCCUGUGUUACAUAACCCAGUUGUGGAUGAUGUUAGGUUUGAGUAUGAAGACUCUAACGAUUCUGUACCCAGUACUUCCUGGUCUGACGCAGGGAUUGGAAGUGCCAUCAUAACUAAGGAACAAUACAAUGAUGACAAAUGGCGAGUUGACAAAGUACGCUUCUUGGAUCGAGAGAUGGAUUGUAAAAAUGUAUCUUCUAAAAGUGACAGGAAAUCUCCCAGAGGCACAAAGAGAAGAUCCGAGUCCAAAGGGAAAGAUCAGGAUCCUGGACUGUUAAUCACAGUGGCUGGGAAUUCUGAGGAUCGUUGUGUAGCAGAGAAGACAGAGAAAAACAUUGAAUUAUAUGGACAAAAGAUGUCGAGGAAUUCUGAACCCGAAAGACGGUCCUCUAAAGAUGUUAAAGACAAGACAAGUAAAUCAAGGUCUUACAGGGAAGAAGAGUUGUAUAAAAAAGAAGACUUAGAUAAUUACAAAUCUAAGUCACGCAAGCAUCGUUCUAGAAGUCGAUCAAGGGAGAGAAAACGGAGGUCAAGGUCUCGGGAAAGGAAAGAAAGAUCUAGGUCUCGGGAAAGAAAAGAAAGGUCAAGGUCUCGGGAAAGAAAAGAAAGGUCAAGGUCUCGGGAAAGAAGAGAAAGGUCUAGGUCUCGGGAAAGAAGAGAAAGGUCAAGGUCAAAAGAGAGGCGAGAUGUAUCUCGGUCAGGGGAAAAAUCUUCCAGGUCAAGGGACAGAAGAGAAAGGUCAAGGUCACUGGAAUAUAAAUCAAGAGAAAGGCGCUCCAGGUCAAGGUCUCGUGAAAGAAGAGAACGUUCAAGGUCAAAGGAGAGAAGGGAUCGGUCAAGGUCUCGUGAAAGAAGAAAAUCUAGACGUGAUCGAUCUAGGUCCAUAGAGAGGAGGCAUGAACGAUCAAAAUCUAAUGAAGGAAGAAGGUCAAAAUCAUUAGAACGGUCAAGUAAAAAGAGUAGAAGCGAAAAAUUUAGUGAAAAGCUUCGAGAUAGAGACUCAAAGUCAAGUAGAAGUCCUCACAGGCGAGAAAAUGAAGAUAAAUCACGUCAAAAAGAAGAAAAACUUGAUGUGUUUAGUUCAGGUAUAAAACGUCUUCAUGAUGGAAAAGAGAAAAAAGCCAAAAAGAUAAAAACAACUGAAACUGAGCCAAUAGUUAUUUUAUCUGAUGAAGAACAAGAUCAUAUACCAAAGAAAAAAUCAGAACAAAGCUCUGGAAAACCAAAACAUAAUUCAGGUGAUAAAGCCUCAAAUAAAAUAGAACCUAUAAUUACUCCACGAUCAUCCUCAAGUCGCCGACCCAAGGAAACAAGAGAAUUGACACAGCCUCCUCUUCCAGCUCAAGAAAUGGUUCCACCACCCAUGCCUCCUGUCAUGACCAAUAUCAAAGUAUUAACUGACACCAGUGAGUCAAAAAAAUAUACUAGUAAACCUCACCAUGCAGAACUUUUAGAAGAUGUUGUUGUAAAAGAGGACUCUAGAGUACAAGAGGUCACAGAAAGUAUAAAUUUUGACGAUGACGAUGAAGAGUUAGCAUAUGAUCCAGCAUUUCCAACAGUGGAUAUGGAGGAAUCACCAACAGAGGAUCCACCCAUUGUGUUAGAGGAGGCAGCUGAACCAUUCCAAAUGCAUGUCAGUCCACUGCUUCAUACAGACCUUCCUAUGCAAAGCAUUUCACCCCUACCUGGGCCACCUCCACCACCCAUGCCUGACCAGGGGCUGCUUGGGGAUCCAUCCAUCAUCCUUCCAACAACAGCAGGGGAGCCACCACAGCCUUUGUUACAGGGGGCAGGACAACAAAUUCCUCUCCAGAUCCGCAUGUUACCACCAGGGUUUGCAGCUCAGCAACCAGGUGGCCUGCCCCCACAGAGACAGUUAAUCGUAAAUCACCCUGUGUUUAUUAAUCGACCAGCAUCAUUUCCUCAUCUCCAACAACUCCCAGCAGGUCACCCUCUACAACCUCGUCUUGUUUCCACUCCAGCAGGUAUGGUUACUAUGCAGAACCAGUUUACCCCAAGAAUACCUUCACUGGUAUCAUUACCAGGACAGCAAGGGCUUCUCAAUGGUGCAUUAGAUCAUUUGUCACAUGAUCCUCCUCUAAUUUUAGCAUCGGAUCCUCGUGGUGACCCUAGAUUGCAUCACCCACCUCAUCCAGAAUCUCAUGUAAUCUCUUUGCGGCCAGAAGUACCUGUAGUACCCAUGUCUGUUCCUGAAGGAAUGCCACUCCCUUUAGCAUCAAGUGAGGCUAUCUCUAUGAACAGACCAGACAUCAUUCCAUCAGCAUCACAGUUAGAACAGAUUUCUCAGAUUACCAAGCUGCUUAACACACAGGCACAGCUAGCCAUGUUUGGAAAAGAAUCCAAAGGGUUAGAGCCUCAGGAACAUAAACCAGAAGUAAUGGAGCAGAAAAACAGCAACAGUGUGUUCAAAGUUCCCCUACCCCCAAUCCUGACCCACACAAUUAACAAGGUCAAAUCAGAGAAAGAGAACUUGGAGAUGAUAGAUAUGGACAUGUCAUCGCCUCAGGACAAUGGGAACAUAGAGAUCCCAACCUCAUCUUCUGAGAAGUCGGAGAGGAGUAGGAAAAAGGACAAGAAGAGGAGCCACAGACAUAGGUCUGAGGACCGACACAGAUCAUCCAGCCAUGAGGACCGAGUGUCCUCAACAGUGGAGUCACAGAAAUCAUUUGAUCAGAUCAUGGAUGAGAUGAACAGUGCUGACGAAAUUCCGUCCUCAGCCGUAGAGCUGACAAAUAAAGAAAAGUACCUCCGAAAGCUUCAUCUGCAGGAGAGGGUUGUAGAUGAAGUGAAGACGGCACUGAAGCCUUUCUACAGUGCCAAGAAAGUCAAUAAAGAACAGUACAAGGAGAUCCUGCGCCGUGCUGUGCCAAAGGUGUGCCACAGUAAAAGUGGGGACAUUAACCCAGUUAAAAUUCGAGCUUUGGUGGAUGCUUACGUCGCCAAGUUCAACAGGAACAUGUCCCCCCCAAAGAUUGAGAACGGAGAUGAAGUGAAGAAAAAAUCCAAGUGAAGGAAAGACUUAUGAUCAAGGGAUAGUGUUAGAAAAGCAGGUGUCAGAGAACGGCCGAGAGCCAAGUGUUCCUGUGUUAUUGUGAGGAUUGUGUUAACUUAAAGUUAUCUAAAUCCACACAGAAAGAUUAAGAGCUGUGUACUUAUUGAUACAUGCAAGACACUGCCAUAGGGCAGUCCUAUUGAACUCUGUUAAAUGAUACAUACAAGACACUGCUAUAGGGCAGUCAUAUUGAACUCUGUUAAAUCACAUAAUGAGGACAAAGUACAAGAGAGUUUUGUAUCUAAUUGUGUGCAAAUUGACCCCCAUGGCAUGUUUUUUUUUAUUGUGAAAUGAAUGAUUUUGCAUUUAACUAUAAAGAAAAAGAUUUCACCAGGUGUAUCUCAGAAAAAGAUUUCAUCAGGUGUACAUAAGAAAUAGGUAAAUCCCUGACAUUAUAGGGUUUUGACCUGUGUUAUCAGACACUGAGGGUGAAUUUUUUUAGAUAAAAUGUACAAUUAUGACAUUUGAUAUGUAGUGCUGUUUAAUUUGCAGUAUUUUAAUGUGGGCAGCAACUUAAUUGAAUGUUAUUGCUGAAUGUCGAGAUAUUUCUUUGUUGUCUCCCUUUACACAAAUAUGUCGGCAUCUUUUAAUCCCAUCUCUGAACAUGGACAGUAAGUCAUUGGAGUUUUUGUUAAUUUUUUUCCCAUCAUGUCUGUAAUUUGUCCCGUCAUAUUGAGUGAGGACUUUUCCUUUCUAUGGUAUGGUAAAGUGUACAACAUUGAUAAAAGCUUGUUAAGACUGUGUGCAUGUUAUAAGUGACUGGACGUAUAAAACAGAAUGUGUGAUAAAGUAGACCCACAAUAAAUAAUGAACUGAC